ACGUAAAUGUCAGAACCGUCACUUGCUAAGAAUCAAAUGUCAAAAUAAAAUAACCUAAAAGUGCAUAACAUUAUUUACGUAAACUUACGAGAGUAUUUACUGGGAAUACACAACAAAACAAUUCGAAGCAUUUAAUUUAACAUAAUUACUAAAAAAUAACCCGAUUCAAGAUGAAUGUGGCGCGCAAACUGUGUGUUAUACACCAUAGUUACGUGAGUAGGAACCUUUACCGAAAAUUCAGAUUUUCUUCUACGGAUUACGAAUCAGCGCCUUCCUCACAGCCCCAAGUCCGAGACGAGAAAUUCGACUUCGAAGAUCUGAACGUUCUAGAACGAGUCGAGCGUCGUAAAGAAAAAAUCAACCCAUUCAUGAAAGACAUCUUCAUAUCAAUCUUCAACCGCGAUUUACUCGCGUAUCCUGAGAUUCUUAACAAAGAAGAGACUGAAGCAUUAGAGCAGAGGAUUAACACAAUACGUAACGUGUUUAUCGACCCUAAAAAAACAGCAGAAGACCGCAAAAACGUGUUGAUAAACACUAAAAUGUUUGCUGCCCCUGUCAGUUUAACUCGUAACGGGUUAGCAGCGAAUGUGACUGAAAGUUUAAGGUAUUUAGAGGCUAUAGCGAGUGACUUCCAGCUCGGACAGGACCUGAGUGACCACUGGCUGGGUCUGCAAGCAUUGAGUCAUGGUUUAACUGAAGAACAAUACUCUAUGAUCAUCGAUGACUUGAUAAAAGGAGAUAAGACAAUUGCUCUAGUUAUUAAGGAGCGAAUCGCUGAGAGGAUAUCUCAAGCUGACUUUAGGACGACCGCUGAAAUGGAUGGGCAAGGUAUAUGGCGUAUCAAUGGUGAGAAAGUAUGUCGCAGUGCCGGUGGCUAUAUCCUGGUCCUCUGCGCAGUGGAAGCGUCCAGGCUGAAGGCGUUCCUCGUACAUCCCGGCGUUGAAGGAGUCAAAACUGACGGACCUUUUGUGACUUUCUUUAAGACUCCUGCGACCCCUCUAGACCUCAUCUCGGAGACCACCCUCGCUCAGAUUCUGGGCGUGUCUCGUCUGCACGCGGCCUCCCUCAGCCGCUGUCGCCUCGCCGCCGCUGUCAACAGCGUAGUGGAGUACACCAGGCCUAGAGCCUUCUCCGGCAAGCCUCUAGCGGAACUCUCGAACAUCCAAUCCACAAUGGGUAACGCCCUUCUCGACAUCUACGCCUGUGAGAGCGCAGAAUACUUCGCCGCCGGCUUGCUGGACGGCUACCAGUCUCCCGAUGCCGAAUUAGAAGUCGCUAUGUGCAGAAACUUCAUAAGCAACCACGGGUUGUCCAGCAUGAUGCAACUGCUGUCAAUCCCAGCGCUGGACAAAGAGGAAGAGUGCAAGCGACUACUCGACGACAUGCGCCAUCUAGCGGCCAGAGGGGAGACUCUCGAUAGUGUUAAUACUUUUAUAGCAUUGAACGGCUUACAUCACGCCGGCGUUGUUAUGGCGAACGAAGUCAAACAAAUCAGGAAUCCGUUAAUGCAUCCUGCUUUCAUCGUCAAGAAAGUAUUAGCUAACAGACACCAGGAGCGCGACGAGCCGCGCCUGACGCUGCACCUGGCGGAGCACCUGCACCCGUCGCUGCGGCAGCCCGCCGAGCAGCUGGAGUACUGCGUGCUGCGCAUGCGCUACGCCUGCGAGACCCUCAUGGCCAGGCACGGGGUCAAGGUCGACACCGCUUACACAGAACUGAACCGGCUAGCUGAAGCUGCCACAGAAAUCUUCGUGAUGACAUCGGUGUUAGCGAGAGCAUCCAGGUCAUACUGCAUAGGCCUGCGAAACGCGGAGGUAGAGAUGAAACUCGCAGCUUGCUUUGUGGAAAGAACAAGAGAUCGCGUAAAGAAGCUUAUUAAAGAAAUAGACGAUGGGGAAUAUUUGAAUCUAGACCAUUUUACGGUACAACUCGGGAAGAAAGUUCUAGACACAAAUACGUUGUUAGUCGAAAAACCCACGGCUAGAGUUUUCUGGUAGACAACUAUAUUUAUAAUCCAUUUAUUUAGGUAUUCAAAUGUUCGUUUGUCUUUUUGUUUCAUAAUAAAACGCGACUACAACACCAUUUUGGAGUAAUAUUAAUUAUUAUUUUAUAUACAUAUAUCUAUAUAUAUAAUUGGCACGAAAAAGGGGA